AUGGUGGAAGACUUCACAUUCCCUAGCAUCCCACCAGAGCAGUGCGGCUCCAAGAAGCUCCCUUUCCCUCACUUCGCCUCCACGCCGCCGUGGUUCGUCGUCCCGAUCGCUGGGGAUGCGGCAGCGGCGCACGACCACCACCGUAGGUGCUUCUCGGCCGUCGAGCACGCCGGAAAAGCCAGCAACGGCGAAUACCUGGGAGCACGCUCGGAGAGGUUCACCGUCGUGGAGGAGCACAAGAUGGACAUGCUGUGGGAGGACUUCAACGAGGAGCUCUCCCGCGCGGCGCCGCCAUGCCCGCUGAGCAAGGAGUGGGCGAGUGAGGCGUGGCUCGCCGGCGACGGCACACUAUCCCGGCAUGUGGUGGCUGCCUCCGGAUGCAGCGUGGUCCGGCGCAGGAGGCUGAGCCUGCUGAUGAUGCUCAAGCUGCUCAAGAAGCUCUUCUUGGGGCGCCGCAAGUCCAGCGCCACCACCUCAAGGACGACGCCACCGAUCUGAUCAACAUCUUGGAUGCAAGAAUUAUAUAGGGUGCAUGCUUGAUAAAUCGAUAUCAGGUGUAUAUAUCGGUUGAUCAAUACAUCUUUCUCUCACUAUGUUUUUUUGUGUGAUGAAUGGAUCUUCUUGUUUCUCUCACUUGAUUUUCUUUUUUUCCUUUCUAUGUGGCUCUUCAGAAACUUGUUCUGCUCCAUUCAGC